CACAGCUUGGCGCGGGCGGUGGCGCGGGCGGUUAAGCGGCAGACACAAGCACAGGGAACACAAGAUGAUGAAGUAAAUCUUUUAGCUUUCAUCUUAAAAGAAGAAAUGGAUACCACUGAUAAAUGCGAAACAAAACUUAAAGAAUAUUGUGGAAACUUAAAAAAAAUUGAUCCAAAACUGAAUAAAAUAAGUUCAAAACUAGAAAAAAUAUGUGAAGAUAGUGAAACAAUAAAAGGAAAAUGCAAAGAUCUAAAAGAUAAAAUAACAAAGAAAUGUCAGAAUUCAAAACAAGAAAUUGAAAAAACAUUAACAAACCCAUCAACUGUUAAUUGCAAAAAAAAUGAACAAGAUUGUUUGUUUCUAGAAGAAGCAUGCCUUAAUGAUCUUAAAAAUAAAUGUAACGAGUUAAGAAAUACGUGCUAUCAAAAGAAACGUGAUGAAACAGCAGACGAAGUUCUUUUAAGGGCGCUUUCUGGAAACCUUAAGAAUGAUGCAGGAUGCAAAAAGAAGCUUGAGGAGGUUUGUCAGGAAUUGGACGAUGAAAGUGAUGAAUUAAUGAAACGGUGUCUUUAUCAAGAAAAAACGUGUGAAGAUCUCCUAAAGAAAGGGGAAAAUAAAUGUAAUACUCUUAAAACAGAAAUUAAAACAUUAAAUAAUAAAUUUCAAGAAAAAUGCAGAUCAUUACUUGAACAAUGCCACUUUUAUGAACCAAGCUGCAAAGAUGAAUAUAAACCAAACUGUAAAGAAUUGACAACAAAAUGCGAAAAUGCAAAGAUUACUUAUAUACCACCAGGUUUAGAUUUUGAUCCUACAAAACCAAAGACUACAUUGGCAGAGAAAAUAGACUUGAAGGAACUUUAUACGGAAGCAAUAAAAAAAGGUGUUUAUAUUGGAAGAACAUAUGCAAAAGAUGCGAUUACUCUUCUAGCUUUAUCAACUUUGCAUUUGAGUGAUUCAGGUAAGGUUGGUGAAAGAAAGAAAAAAUGUGAGGAAAUCCUCAAAAAUAACUGUAAAAAUCCUCAAGAACAUAAAAUUCUAAGAGAUUUAUGUACAAAUAAUAGCGACAUAACUGAAGAAGGGAAAAAAAUUUGUAAUAAAUUAGAUGAAAGAUUAGCAGAACGCACUCUAAUUGUUUCUGAAAAGAUAAACAGACAUCUUGGAAAUAAGGCAAACGAAAUAAUUAGCUGGUAUAAAUUACUAACGUUUCUUACUGAAAAAGAGUGUACAAGACUACAGUCAGAUUGUUUUUAUUUGAAAGGCCAAAGUCAACUUGAAAAACUCUGUAAUAACCUAAAAGCAGCGUGUUAUAAAAAAGGACUUGAAGCAGUAGCAAAUGAAGUAUUACAAGAUAAGUUACGAGGAAAGUUACAUGGUUCAAAUGAAACAUGGCUUGAAACCCUUCAAAAAGACUUGGUAAAAGUCUGUGAAAAGAUGAAAGGAGAAAGUGAUGAGUUAUUUGUACUAUGUAUAAACCCAAUAAAAACGGCUCUUACAGUGUCAACAGAUUUGCGAAUGAGGGCAGUUGCUUUGCGAGAACAAUUAAAUGAUAAACGAGAUUAUCCGACGAAAGAAGAUUGUAAAGAGCUUGAAAAAAAGUGUAAUGUUCUAGGUCAAGAUUCAAGCGAAAUUAAGUGGCCAUGUUAUACAUUAAGUCAACAUUGCAAUCGACUGGAGAGUAUAGAAUAUUUGGAGAAUAAGUUAUUGGAAAAAAAGCUAGAAGGCUUGAAAAAUGAAACUAUUUGCAGAGAAAAGACCAAGGAACUAUGCAAACUAUGGAUUAGAAGAAGAAAUGUUAAAUUUUCUUAUGCAUGUUCUACUUUAGAAGUUACCUGUAAAAAGAUUAAUGAAAGUCUUAAUUCUAAAUGCAACGCAUUAAAAGAACAUAUGGCAAUUCAUGACGUUGUAAAAGAAGCAGAAAAAAAAGAAGAAUAUUGUAGGUUUUGGACUCCAUAUUGUGAAAAAUUCACUCCAAGUUGUAAUGAGCUUGAGAAAAAUAAAGGAAAAGGAUGUAAAAAACUUAAUGAGAAAUGUAAAUUGUUUUUUGAGAAGAAAAAAUUAGAAGAUAAAGCAAUUGAUGAAUUCAAAGGUAGUUUGUCGACUAAUACAGACUGUGAGGGAACUCUUGAAAAAUACUGUGUAGCAUUGAAUAAUGCGACUAAUGGGCUUGAAACUCUGUGCAAGAGCAAUAAUUCUACUAAGGAAAAAGUAAGGAAAGAGACUUGUAAGAGGCUGGUUGAACGGGUACAAGAAAAAUGUCCAGGAUUGAAAAAGGAACUUGAAGAAACAAAAGAAGUGUUAGUUGAAAAAGAAAAAGAAUACAAAGAUGUUAAAGAGAAAGCAGAAGAAGCAAUGAAAAAAGCAAGUCUUGUUUUAUCAAAAGCAAAAAUAGAAAACAAUAAAUCAGCAAACGAAGUUGUGCCUAAUGCACCAGCCGUACCCAGCGGAGCAAAAGACACAAAGUCGUUUAGACUUAUAAGAAGAGAUGCAACAGUGAAAGUAACAGAAGACGAAGCAAAAGCAUUUGAUUUAGUAGCACAAGCGUUUGGACUCUAUGUAGAAUUAAGGGAGAUAUGCCAUGAUUUACUAAAAGGAUGCGGAUUUAAAAAAGAGUGUAAAUGUGAAAGCCAAUGCAAAGAGAUAAAAAAAAUAUGUUCAAAAAUAGAACCAUUGGAAGUAAAACCAUAUAAAAUAGAGACAGUAACUAAAAACAUAACGACCACUACCACAACAACAACAACAAAGACAGAAGGAGAAGGAAAGACUGCAGAGUGCCAAUCUCUGCAGACGACAGACACGUGGGUCACAAAGACGUCGACCCAUACUAGCACUUCUACGACUACGUCCACAGUCACAUCGAGAAUAACACUCACCUCAACGAGGCGGUGUAAGCCUACGAAGUGUACGACAGGAGAGGAAGAUGAUGCAGGAGAGGUGAAGCCGAGUGAAGGGCUGAGGAUGAGUGGGUGGAGUGUGAUGAGGGGGGUGUUAUUAGCAAUGAUGAUUUCAUUCAUGAUUUAG